UCCAUGAUCUGACUCUUCUUCAUUCCAACACCUGCUCUGCUGCACACAGGGCUGCAAUGUUUGUGCCAUCUCUUCUUCUCCUCACUGCAGUCUUCGUGCUACAGUUAUCAACAGGUGCAAGUGCAACAACCCAAACAACACAACCUGACCGGCAGCAAGCAGGCUGCUCGCCUCAGGCAGCAUGCGGGGACCUGAACAUCUCAUACCCGUUCUGGCUGGAGGAGCCCGGCCGCCGGCCGUGCGGCGCCCCGUCCUUCGGGCUCAAGUGCAACAGAAGCAGCGCGUUCCUGACGCAAUCCAUGUUCCAGGCGUACCGUGUGGUCAGCAUCUUCGCGGGCAACAACUCCCUUCUCGUGGUGGAUGAGAACCUCCCGCUCGCCGCCGGCUGCCCGGCGCCGUGCCCGUGCUUCAACAUCUCGCUCGGCGUCGGCCGUCAGCAGAGCCAACGCCGAGCUGCUCUUCCUCUCCCGGUGCGGCAAGCCUGUCCCGGAGGUUCUGCCCGGGUUCCGGCGCAUGCCUUGCGGUGACAACGCCUCGUUCGUCGGGUUCGCAGGCGAGGGGCGGCAGCUCGGGAGUUACGGCUUCCGCAGGGAGAUCCCGCCGGGCUGCCUCGUCUCCGCCGUGCCAACUCUGCCGGCUCGACAUGGGAAGAACGGGGAGGAUUACGUCGCGAGGAUGAGGAAGGGGUUUCUCCUGGAGUGGACGGUGGUGUCGGGGGAUUGCUCCAGCUGCAUUGCAAGCGGCGGGGAGUGCAUGUACCCUGACAACGGGUUGGGUUUCUCCUGCAAUUGCCCCGACGGCAUCCAUUACCCCUUCAUCUGCGGUAGCAAGAGGACUGGCAGAAAGAUGUUAAUGCUGAUAGUGUUGACAGCAGUAGCUGGAAGCUUGCUCCUUGUAAGUUUUUAUGUGCUGAUAUGGCAUCGGAAGGGGCAAAAACUAUAUUCGCUCCUUUGCAAAAUGAAAAGCAGCAGGUAUGAAAGGAACAUUGAGGCCCUAAUAGCAUCGCAUGGAUUACUAGCUCCAAAAAGGUACAAGUACUCAGAAGCAAGAAAGAUAACAUCUUCCAUCAAUAAUAAGCUUGGAGAAGGUGGUUAUGGUACGGUUUUCAAAGGAAUACUGCAUGAUGGUCGUCUAGUUGCUGUGAAAUUCUUGCAUGACUCAAAAGCUAAAGGGGAGGAAUUUGUGAACGAGGUUACGAGCAUUGGCAGGACCUCUCAUGUUAAUGUUGUUAGUUUAUAUGGGUUUUGUUUGGAGGGGUCAAAAGUAGCUCUUAUAUACAAGUACAUGCCCAAUGGUUCUUUGGAUAAGUAUAUCUACUCGGAGAAUCCCAAAGGAAUUUUAGGAUGGGAAAGGCUCUAUGAAAUAGCAAUUGGGAUUGCUCGUGGGCUAGAGUAUUUGCACCAUAGUUGUAAUACACGCAUUGUGCAUUUUGACAUCAAACCUCAAAAUAUCCUUCUUGAUCACAAUUUCUGCCCCAAGAUUGCUGAUUUUGGUUUAGCUAAACUGUGCCGUACCAAGGAGAGCAAGCUAUCAUCAAUGACAGGUGCUAGGGGAACGAUUGGAUUCAUUGCUCCUGAAGUGCACUCACGUGCCUUUGGAAUGGUUUCAACAAAAUCAGAUGUUUAUAGCUAUGGAAUGAUGUUGCUAGAGAUGAUUGGAGGCAGGAAAAAUGUGAAAUUAGUGGUUGAAAGGUCAAGUCAAAUUUAUUUUCCAGAUUGGAUUUAUGACCACUUUACUCUAGAUGAUUCAUUGUUCCAAGCCUGUGAAGUUACAGCGGAAGUCGCGGAAAUCGCCAAAAAGAUGAGUUUGAUUGGCUUGUGGUGCAUACAAGUCUUACCAAUGCAUCGCCCUACAAUGACCAAAGUUUUAGAAAUGUUUGAAAGAGGCUCCGACGAAUUGGACAUGCCACCGAAGCCAAACUUCAGUCAAAUGCUAAAGGAAGCCGAGGGUUCAGUUUACAAUUUGCAUACAGAAUGCACAACUCCCAGCAGUUCUACCAAAUCACAAGGUUAUAGUUAAGUGCUAAAGAUCGAGGAGAUAAACCUCAUGUGUUCAAGAGUAUCAUGACAGUUACCAGCUCUGGAACUGACCACCUAGUCUAUUAGAGUAAACAAUGGCAAUUUGGCAUUGGCAUCUGAAUAAGGCAUUUUAUCUUAAGCCCAUAUCAUAGACAUGUAAUGAAGUUGUAUACAUGAAUAUAGUUCAUAAGUUAGUGGGUCCAAACCUGAAGUUCAUGUCUAAUGAUAGAACAAAAUUAUAAAACAAUCAUAUUCUUUCCUUC